GUUUGUUGAGAGUAACACGUGUGCAGUCUUCCGUAGCUUUUUGUAGUGAAAGCAAGUUAAGUAUUCGGAUUUUCAUGUAAAAAAUGCCUUCCUCGGAGUUACAGUUAUUGGAACAUCGAGCGAUAAUAGCGGAGAAAGAGAUUGCAAUUUUAAAAAACGAAUUAAAUUCUUUGCAAAAACUUGUUAGUUCGAAAAACGUUGCACUUGAAGAAGCCAGUGAUGAUAGUAACAUUGAAGUUGAAAAUCUCAAAAAAGAAAAUGAAAAGCUUAAAAUGAGAAUAAAUAUUUUGAAAAAGACACUUGAAGAACGAAAAUCGAUACAUCUUGCUCUUACCACCAAUAUGUCCAACUCUGGUAAUCUAAUCAGUAUAUAUGACAGCCUUACUUCCUUAUUUGAGAAGGCUAUAAACUCAGCUUAUCCAAACUUGGUUGAUGCACCUGUUAUACUUUCAUCUAGUAAUAAAAUAAACUUUGGCGAUUAUCAAUGUAAUAGUGCUUUGCCACUUUGCAAAUUGUUGAGUGCCCAAAGUGACAACAAAAAACAAAAGUUAUCUCCUCAAGAUAUAGCUAAAAAAAUAUUAGCUAACAUAGAAUCUUCACCAUUAGUUGAUAAAUUAGAAGUGGCUGGUGCAGGAUUUAUUAACAUUUAUAUUAGUCGUGAAUUUGCUAAAAAUUCACUCACUGGUUUAUUAAUAAAUGGAAAAGUAUCUACAGCACCGGUAGCUACAAAGCAUAGAGUUAUUGUUGAUUUUUCGAGUCCAAAUGUUGCAAAGGAAAUGCAUGUAGGACAUUUACGCUCUACAAUCAUUGGAGAAAGUAUUUCCAGACUAUUAGAAUUUUUAGGUCAUGAUGUUGUAAGAUUGAAUCAUAUUGGUGAUUGGGGUACUCAAUUUGGUAUGCUAAUAGCCCAUUUAGAAGAUAAAUUUCCUAAUUAUACUACAGAAUCACCAUCUAUUUCUGAUCUACAGAGCUUUUAUAAAGAAUCUAAAGUGAGAUUUGAUGAAGAUAAACAAUUCAAGGAAAGGGCCUAUGAGACUGUUGUCAAACUACAGGCGCAUGAUCCAAAAAUUAUUCAAGGGUGGAAACUUAUCUGUGAUGUGUCUAGGAAAGAAUUUCAAAAUAUCUACAAUCGUUUGGAUAUCAAAUUAGUUGAAAGAGGUGAAUCGUUUUAUCAACAACACAUGAUAGAUAUAGUAAAAGACCUAGACAAACGUGGCUUUCUUGAAGAAGAUGAUGGUCGAAAAAUAAUGUGGGGUGAAAAAAAGCAAGGAAUUCCAUUAACUAUUGUUAAACGAGAUGGUGGUUUUACUUACGAUACGUCAGAUAUGGCAGCAAUAAAACAUAGGGUUGAGGAUGAAAAAGUAGAUUGGGUAAUAUAUGUCACCGAUGGAGGACAAGCAACUCAUUUUCAAAUCAUAGAAAGUUGUGCUAAGAGGGCUCAGAUAAUUGGAGAUCGUCAUAGGAUAGACCACGUAGGUUUUGGUGUUGUACUUGGUGAAGAUAAAAAGAAAUUCAAGACUCGUUCAGGUGACACUGUCAAAUUGAGUAAUUUACUGGAUGAAGGUCUAAACAGAGCAGAGCAAAAGUUGAAAGAAAAAGAGAGGGAUAAAGUUCUUACUGAAGAUGAAAUGAAUAAGGCCAAGGAACAUGUAGCAUAUGCUUGCAUAAAGUAUGCAGAUCUGUCUCAUAACAGAAAUCACGAAUACGUAUUUUCUUUUGAUAAAAUGCUCGAUGAUAAGGGGAACACAGCCGUUUACUUGCUGUACGCGCUUACAAGGAUUCGAUCUAUAGCUCGAACAGCAAAUGUUACCCGCGAGCAAAUACAAGAAGCUAUUAAAACAACUCCCAUAUCGUUAGAACACGAGAAAGAAUGGAAACUCGCUAAAGUACUUUUGAAAUUCCCCGAUGUUAUUUCGAAGAUUACUAAAGACCUUCUUUUGCAUACCUUAUGUGAACUCUGUUACGAAAUUGCUUGUACAUUCACGGAAUUUUAUGACAAAUGUUACUGUGUCGAAAAAAAUCAAGCUGGCGAAAUCAUCAAAGUAAAUAUGGGGCGCAUAUUACUAAUUGAGGUUACCGCGAUGAUAUUGGAGCAAUGUUUUGAUUUGCUAGGAUUAAAACCAGUUGAAAAAAUGUAAAACACAAGAAAACAAUCACUUCUAAUUAAGUGUUAUGCAUCAUUAUGCGUGAAGUUUCUUCGCGAAAUACAUUUAUUUAUUUCUUAAUCUGUUUACAUUUUUCUUCUAUUCUCGAUUACAUUAAAUUAUCCCUUCAUUUCGUUGGAAACCGUUAUUCUUAUCUCUGUUUAUCUAAUCAUGUAAAGUGCAAAGUAUUGAACCGCACGGACUAAAAAACUUGACAUCUAACCAUCUGCUGUGUAUCAGUUAAAGUUACAAUAAAUCAAGUAUGAAAUCCUAUUACAGAAU